AUGGCGAAGAUUCACGGUGGUUUUGCAUGCCACCUUGAUCCUGGGGUGGUCACGGGCCGCCGCCCUGCCCGAUGUUGCCGGUAUGGUAAGAGCAAGCCCUACCCAAAGUCCCGCUUCUGUCCAGGUGUCCCUGAUGCCAAGGUUCGCAUCUUUGACCCGGGCUGGAAGAAGGCAAAGGUGGAUGGAUUCCCACUGUGCGGCCACAUGGUGUCAGAUGAGGACAAGGGGCUAUCCUCUGGAGCCCUGGAGGCUGCCCGCAUCUGUGUUAACAAGUGCGUGGUGAAAAGCUGUGGCAAAGGUGGCUUCCACAUCCGAGUGCGGCUCCACCCCUUCCACGUCGUCCACAUCCACAAGAUGUGGUCAUGUGCUGGGACUGACAGGCUCCAAACUGGGAUGCGAGGUGCUUUGGGGAAACCUCAAGGCACGGUGGCAAGAGUCCACAUUGGCCAGGUCUUCAUGUCCAUCUGCACCAAACUUCAAAACAAGGAGCAUGUGAUGGAGGGCUUACGUAGGGCCAAGUUCAAGUUCCUUGGGCGGCAGAAGAUCCAGGUCUCCAAGAAGUGGGGCUGA